GGCAGCUCUGCUCCAAGUUGCAAAUUGGUUGGCUAUGGUGUGGAUUCAGGUCUGCUCCACAUUUUUCCCUCUGGGGCCCAGGGGAGAGGCCAACCAGGGCUUGCUUUUUUGGCAGAUCACUGGAGCACAAGAGCAUGAGUCCACCAGUCAAGCAUAUUUAGAGCUGCUAUUUCUAUCACACCUGUUGAUUUCCCAGUGGCCAAAGCAUGUCAUAUGGCCAAGCCCAAAGAUAGGAAAAUAUACUUCAUUAUAAGAGAGAGGUGGAGGAAGGCUGAGUAUUUGCUGAACAAUAACCCAGUCCAGUGCAAGGUAGCAGCCCUUUUUUGUAACAAGUCUGUGAUUACUAGAACAGUUCUGCUUUCAUGACCACCGCACAGCAAAUAUAUCAAAACCAGUAUCAGGAAUUAAUGGAAUAACAACUAGAAUUGAAGUCCUUUUGUGCAUGUGUACAUGUACAUGCUCUUUCUCUCUUUCAUAUCAAGCACAUACUCGCUGCCCAUGUAGCCAUGUUUUUCUUGCUCCUUUUUCAGUGACAGAGGACAGAGCUAUUUGGUUUGGAGCAUGGCCUCAAGUGUUUCUCCUUUGCAAAAAUUGGGAAAAGUAACCUCCUUGGAUCUCCUUCCACCUUCCACCAGCCCAAUCAGAAUCAACUCUCUCCAAUUACCCCUUUUCUGAAGCACACUGAAUUUAAGAAACUUUUUGUUUCUCUCCCUUAAAUUAGCCAAUUUAAUAAGUGAAAACAAUAGUCCAUAUCUUCACUAUAAUGAGAAUCUAUGUAGUUAGAAAAAGAGAUUAAAACUUCUUUGGCUUUUAAGACAUGUAAGAAGAGAACUGGGAAAUAAGUUGUAGUACAUUAUUUCAAUGGAAUAUUAUACAGUAACUAAAAUUUACUGUAUAGUAUUUACUUUUUGUAACUGAAUACAUUAUACUAACAUUCAACAAGAUGUGUGAACCUCACAAAUAUAAUGUUGAAUUAAAUAAGUAAAGAACAAGAGAAUAUGUAUAAAUUCCAUUUAUAUAUGAAGUUCAAAAAGCAGGCAAAAAAAACCCCCAAAAAACCAAACAAACUAGUGUUUGAGGAUGCAAACUUAGGUGGAAGAACUAUAAAGAAAAGCAAGAAAAGGGCACUUUGGAGGCUCAGUAGAUUGAGUGUCCAACCCUUGAUUUUGGCUCAGAUCACGAUCCCAGGCAGUGAUACUGAGCCCUCGGUCAGGCUCCACACUGAGCGUGGAGCCUGCUUGAGAUUCUGUCUCUCCUUCUGCCCUUCCCUCCCACUCGUGCUCUCUCUAAAAGAAAAAAAAAAGAAAGAAAAGUAAGGAAAUUAUUUUCAUCAAAGUGGGGAUAGUGAUUACCUUUGCUGGGGACAUUAAUUAUUGGGAGGGGGAGACGGAGUCUUCUCAUUUGCAAGCAACAAUCCAUUUCUUGACAUUGGUGGUGAUUACAUGGAUGUUGAUAAGUCAUCAGAGCUAUACAUGUCUGUUUCUUGAACUUUUUUCUAUAAAUAUUAUAUUUCACUGUAGAAAUGCCUCAGGAUUCCAAGAUAUUUGGUCUCAUAAACUUAAUCUCACAUGCCAUAAAAUUUAAUAACAGACUUUGUCUCUAGUUUCAACUCUUGGUUAAUUCUGUCCACAAACUUUCAGUGCCUUCCCUAUGUCUGUGUUCCUCUUGAUAACUUUUGUGGACACAUUGUCCACACUGGAUAUGUAGAUUUCCUUCUGACCCUCAUAUUUGUGAUUAAAGUUAAAUGUUAGAUGACAUCAAAGCCCAUUCACCUUUGUCCAUGUCUAGUAAUUGUGCCCUAGCCACCUACACUUCUUUUAGGUACUCAUUUGGUCUUAAGAGAGACUGAAUGAGGACAUGCGCUGGAGAAAAUCCAUAGGUAGUACUAGAAAAACAGUUCAACUUUUAAUGACUCAGUAAUGCUUGGUUUUCAUGUAUAUAAAGACACUUCUUGAUAAAAAAAAAAUCUCAGUUCCUUGGUAGGAUCAAAGAAAAAUGCAAAUAAGAAACAGCUCAGUAUAUAUGGUCAAUAAGAAAACUAGAUGGGGUUGCCUGGGUGGCUCAGUCUGUUGAGCGUCCGACUUCGGCUCAGGUCAUGAUCUUACGGUCUGUGCGUUCGAGCCCUGCGUCAGGCUCUGUGCUGACAGCUCAGAGCCUGGACCCUGCUUCAGAUUCUGUGUCUCCCUCUCUCUCUGACCCUCCCCCGUUCAUGCUCUGUCUCUCUCUAUCUCAAAAAUAAAUAAACGUUAAAAAAAAAAAGAAAACUAGAUAGAGGUAGGUCAGGCAUGAUAAGUGAGCAGAGGUCCCUCUUUUCUGGGCCCCCAGAUUUGUAAACUUAAUGUUUAUUCUCCCUUCUUUUGUAUCAUAUCUCUAGAUCUCCUGUUUUACAACCAGAUUUCUUACUGUAUCUCAAAACAAGGUUAAGGUAAGAGAGACUCCUUAAUCUGCUACCACAGUAUCUUAAUUACACUUUCACACAUAAGUGUUUUUGUGAGAGGUUAGUCUUUACAAGCCUUUUCAACUCUACUGUUUAUAAUUGUUAAUGGGUGUGAAUGGGGAAUGGGUCACCCUAAUUACCUGAUUGUUCCUAUUGAGUGACAGUUAACCCUCCCCAUGAGUUGGAUCUGUUAACUCUAGACCAAGUAUAUGACUACUCAGAUAGACAGACUGCAUGCUCUUGCAUCUGAAUUUUUUUUCCUCAGGGCUGUAAGAUCAUAUUGGAUAUUGUCUUGGUUAUUCGCUUCUAAAAAUAUUGCAUUUUACCAAUCAUCUGUAGUCUAGGAAUCAGGAUAGCAUUCACAGUGACAAUAUACUGAUAUAAAUCUCUCUGAUAAUUUUAAUUAAACAGAAUAAACCCAAAGGAAAAAAUAAAUGCUUCUGAACCUUCACACAUCAAAUAUAAAACUUCAGAAGCCAUACGUACUCCUGAAAACACUGAGUUUCUUUAAAAAGUGAUUGUCAAGAUGGGGCACCUGGGUGGCUCAGUCAGUUAAGCAUAUGGCUUUGGCUCAGGUCAUGAUCUCGUGGUUUGUGGGUUCGAGCCCCGCAUCAGGCUCUGGGCUGACAGCUCAGAGCCUGGAGCCUGCUUUGGAUUCUGUGUCUCCCUCUUUCUCUGUUUCCGCACCCCCCACCCCACUUGUACUCUGUCUCUUUCUCUCUCAAAAAUAAAUAAACAUGAAAAAAAAAUUUUAAGUGAUUGUCAAAGUAAUCAAAGUCCUUCUGAAUUUCUUAGAAAAAUUAGGAAAUUUUGAAACUAACAUUUAUUGCUAAUAAAUUAUAUGAAGGGAGGGAUCCUGUCUAUCUUAUUCACUUCUAUAUCCUGGGACAUAAUGCCUGGCACGUUGUAGAUGUUCAAAAAAUCUUUUUAAAUGAAUGAAUGAAUGUUCAGUGUGGGUUAGCAACAUUAUAUAUGUGAUCUCAUUUAAUCUUCACAAUAAUGCUAUAUAGAUGAGGAAAUUGAGUCUUAAAAGGGAAGAAAGGUUGCCUAAGGUCACACGACCAGAAAAUGGCAAAGAUGGGAAUCAAACUAUAAUGUGCCUAAUGCUAAAUCUACAUUUGUUCAAUGAUGACACACGUUUUAGCAAAGACUGCCAGUUGCCUACACAAACAGCCAUUUCUCUCCUCAUCCUUAAUUAUAACUCUAAUUUUGUUUUAGUGCCCUUUCCCUUCAGGUGACUCAGUUAUAUCCUGAUGGGAUUGGUCUAAGCCAAAAUAAUGCCCCCAUUCCCAUGUCUGUGACCAGUUUAGGGGUUUGGAAUUUGAUCUGGCUUUGGCCCGUGAGAUUGGAAGGAACUAUAGUAAAACCUUGGAUUGUGAGUAACUUGUUCUGUGAGUGUUCCACAAGAUGCGCAAACAUUUCUAAUACGUUUUAACUUGAUAAACGAGAAAUGCCUUGUAAUACUAGUAGUACGUGAUGCCGACUGUCACAUGAUCACAACUGAGCCAAUGGUUCUUCUCUCUCUCUCUCUCUCUCUCUCUCUCUCUUUCUCUCUCUGUCUCGCUGCAGGAUUGUGGGUGAUCGUCUCCCAUGCUUGGGUGCUCUGUCUCAUGCUGCAGUGUUUGGCAGCAAUGAGUGAUUUUUGAGAAUAUUGGAAGGUGCUCACAAUGGGCGCUAGUGUAUUUUUUGUCACUUCAAAGCACCUAUGGACAGUUCUUUGCUUUUCCAUACAAGAGUAAGCUCAGGAAUGCUUUGCUUCAUUCUAGGUCAGGCUGCCUGCAGAUAUAGACCCUUUCCUCUGCUGCCUUAUUGCCCGUUACAUUAAAUACAGUACAUGACAAGAGUUUAUUAAUGCUGUACUGUAGUCAACAUCUGUGUGAGCAUAUACAAUGGUCCCCAUGCAGAAGAAGGUUGAAAAGAAAGGCAGUAAGAAGAAGGACAUGAUUAUUGCGGAAGUUAAGAAAGAAAUCAUUGAGAAGUACGAAUGAGGUAUGUGAGUGGCCGAAAUUGCAAGAUUUUAUCAGAAGUCUAUGUUUGUAUCUCCUCUGCAGAGGAGGAGGAGAAAAAGGUGAAGGAAUCCCCCACUUCAAAUGAGAUUAGGGAGAUGUGUCAAAUGUGGGAACAGUGCAAAAUUUUGUAAAACAGCACCCCCCGAAUAAGGCUGUAGCAGUGAGAGUAAUUAAUCUGUUUAAUGACAAUGCAAUGUCACAUUUCCAUGAAAUCCUCAAAAGAAGGAAAAAGCAAGUGUCAUUGGAUAGGUUCCUUGUUAAAGUUGCACGAAAAGAAAACAAUUCCACUGAGCCAACAGAUAGCAGUGAUUCUGUUAGUGAUCAUGAAAGUAGUCCUACACAACAAGCUUCCUCUUUCUUGUCUCCCUCACACCGUCCGUAAAGGUUUUUAAAGGUAAGUGCUGGUUAAUUUGUUUGUUUUUUUGUAUUUUGUAUUUUGUUUACUAUUUUGUAUUAUAUUACAGUAUUGUAGUUUUUAAAAAAAUUUUUUUAAUGUUUAUUUAUUUUUGAGAGACACAGAGCACAAGCAGGGGAGGGGCAGAGAGAGAGGGAGACAGAGAAUAUGAAGCAGGCUCCAGGCUCUGAGCUGUCAGCACAGAGCCUGAAGUGGGGCCUGAACUCAAUGAGACUUCUUCGAGCCAUGAGAUCAUGACCUGAGCUGAAGUCAGCGGCUUAACCAACUGAACCACCCAGGUACCCCAUACUACCAGAUGGAGUUCAUUGCCACUCAUUCUUCACCAACAGCAAGCAGAAGCAGGAACUGCUGAGAGAGAAAUGCUUGUGCAGAAGCAGAGAAGAAGAGAAGUUAGAAGAAAGUUCUAUGGUUUUUGUUGUUGUUUUUUAAACUAAGAGAUGACAAACCAUAUGCUCCAUGUAGUUCCAAAAAAGCUUCAGAAACAGAGCUUCUAAGGUUGCUGUCCACAUUAAUGAAGAACACGUUGAAACCUUUCACGAAGAUCACAUUUUUACACUGGACACAUUGGCUUCACCAAAUUUACCCAAGAUAGGUGAUGACCUAAAGGAGAUAUGAAAGGCAGAAUACAUGAUUGUUAUCCUUCAAAAUGAACAGUCUUACUAAAUUGACACUCCUUGUACACUUGUUGAAUUGACAGGAUUUGGAGCAUCUACAGAUAUGAAUUGCUAGGAACAUAUGCAUUCAACUUUAUUUUGAAAAAUUCUCUUGGCGGUGGAAGCAUCGCCUCAUUGAGAAGUGAUCCACGGGACUUCACUGGUGGUGAGCAGCUGGAGGAGCAGAGCUCUGCGGAAGCUUCCAAAUCUCCCAAGUGUGAUUCGUUCCCUCUCUGCCCGCUGACUACUGACCGUGCCUCUGUGGGUGCACUCAAUGCCCCAGCUCUAAACAAAGAUGAAAUCGAGGCUCAGAGGUGGCAAGUGACUUGUCUGAGUUCAUUUAGCUGUGAAUGACACCACACGACCUUAAACUCGGGAUUUUUGCCUCCGUCCUCUAUGUCCCAGCUGCCUCAACCUGUUGUUAAUUUAUGUGAAGCCUGGAUUUACUUUGGUCGUGAUUUUUCAUAAUAUUAAAUGCACAUUCUUUGGUUUUGCUCAAUGUUAUUUUAUGGUUAGCACAACAAACAAACAAACAAACAAAGCCCCUAAAUCCUGUCUGGCUGGAACUGCAACCUUUCAUCUUUGUAAGGACAAUAGGCAGGAUUGAGGCCCUCAUAAUAAAGUGCUAGCCAGCCAGGAAGGAAGCUGGGGAAGUCUUCCUCCCAGGAGGUAAUUGAUUCCUAACACCCUAGGUAGCACUGAGUUUGAAGGCUCCAUGAAAAGGUGUCUGCUGUUUUCUUCUGCGUCCAGGGGGAUGUGCACAGAGCCUUUAUUCUCCCCAGUCCCUUAGAGUUAGCCAGUGAGGGCCUCUGUGUCCACUGGGCCAGACCUGAGCAUAUGUAAAUGAACUGAAGGCAAAGAGAAACAAAUGUUAUUAUCUAUGUGCCCCCACAUGUAAUAACCUUAAAAAUGUAAGAACAACAACAAACUAAUUCUAAAGGAGGACAAUAAUUUUAAAACAUGAAGUUUAGGGGCACCUGGGUGGCUUAGUCAGUCAAGCCUCCAACUUUGGCUCGGGUCAUGACCUUGUGAUCCCUGAGUUCCAGCCCCUUGUCGGGCUCUGUGCUGACAGCUCAGAGCCUGGAGCCUGCUUUGGAUUCUGUGACUCCCUCUCUCUCUGCCCCUCCCCUGCUCAUGCUCUGUCUGUCUGUCUCUCUCUCAAAAAUAAACAUUAAACAAUAAAAUAAAAAUAAAAUAAAUCUUAAAAAAAUAAAACACGAAGUUUAGAAAACCAAAUUUAUCAGGCUUAGGGGCCAGGGGAAAGAAGGUGUAAGAAGUAGGAAGUCUGGGAUGACCCAGGUUUUGCUUCUGACUCUGUGCCCUUGGGCAAGACAUCAAACACCCAUGUCUAAGGAGGGUAUGGGACUUCGUGGCCACUCAAGUGCUGGGGCCUUCCUCGUGAGGGAAUACUAGUAACCAGAACCUUAAUCAGAUCUUUCUCAUUAUUGCAGUAAAAUAGCUGAUGCUAAAAAUUAGACCCCAUGGCACUAGAGAAGCAGGGAAAUGAAUUCAAAUUCAAAAGAAAAGGUGUGAGAUCUAAGUUUAGGGUUAGGUAUUUCAUUGAGCUGAGCACAGCACCUGACAUAUAGCAGGCAUUUAAUAAGUGAAUGGAUGACAGGUGGAUGGACGGAUGGAAGGUCAGUCCUUCCCUGGCGGUGAUGGACCUGGGGACAGAGAAACCUGUAGUCGAGUCCUGAUCCACAUGAACACAGUGAAGGAGGCAAAAGUAUAGGCCUUAAUUUCUUCCUGUGUAAAAUAAAACCGAGAUGGCACUUCACAAGGUAAUGAGGAUUAAGUGAGAAAAUGCUUAGUUCAGUUCCUAGUACGUAGGAAGCACAAUUUUGUGAUCAGAUCCUCUAAGGACUUCUCUGAGGAACAAAAAGGCUCCAGGGGCAAGAAGUGUGCAGGUCGGAAAUCUGUUAGCCUUCCAGGCUUCUGCUGGACUCUGUACCUUGUCUCUGAGAGUGAGACCUCUUCCUCCUGGGACCCACGAUGAGCUCAAGGACUCUAAGAUGAGGCCCAGAAGUUAAGUGGGCUCUGUGAGCCCCAAUUUCAGCCUCCUUUGCACAGGAAACCAGCAGAGUCUUGGUCUGUGCAGCUGGGAGAAAUGGACCCAGGCCUGAGCACUUGUGGGUGGGGCUGCUGUCAAUGUCCUUUCUGCAGGAGGAUGGGGAAGCAGUGUCUGAGGUGAGGCUCAGUUGACCUUCCAGUGAAGUCUAUGUGUUGACCAGGAAAGCCUCAGCUCUUUCAGAAUUCCUAGGCCAGACCUGGCAACACAUUUGCGUGCAUUUAAGAUAUCUCAUGGAGACCUGUUGAGUGUAGCUGACUUUCAUAAAAUCUGGAAAACAAAAGGUCUUUCCAGCAACCCAUGGGGAUGUUCCUCGCUCUAAAUGAACAGUUUCUGGUUUAGGAAGGAGAACUUUCUAAUGUUAGAUUUCUCUCGGGCCUUUCCUUCUAACAGCAGUUUUUCCCCCAUAGUUCAGCUAAAAUUGAUGCAGGCAGAAGAAUAUUAGUGGGAGUGUACCUAUCAGCAUACAACCAUAUAUUUAUUGGUUAUGUGCUUCUAGGAAGCAAUGAAAAACUGACUGCUCAGCCACAAAAAUAUAUUCAACUCAGAGAAGUGUGAGGGUUGCCUUUUGUAAGGUGAGGUCACCACAGGGAGGUCAUAUCCAUUGGGCCAACAAGAGCUCAUUUUAGGACGCUGUGUUUUUUCGGUUGAGAAGCAGCCUAAUCUUCCCUAACCAUUCCCAGUUUAAGAGGUCUGAGAAGACUUCAGAAGUAAGACAAAGGAAAAUGUUCUACAGUCUCCUCGGGGUUACCCAAGGCCGAAUUCCCGCAGGCGCAGGCGGGGCAGGGGAAACGCAAAUCAGAGUGGCACUCUAUUUCACAAAACCUCCAGAGGGGAUGAAGCCAUUGAAGGUCUAGGGGUGAUUUCUCCUUAAUGCAUUUUUGCUCUUAAAGAAUAUUCUGUGGAGCCGUCAAACAGUUUUCCAUACUUCUGUCUCUGCAGAUUCCCCAGGUGGAGACGGUCGUAGGCCUUAAUAAGCCGUAUUAGUGACCACCAGAGACGGAAAUCGCUAAUUACGAAGUCCCCUUUGAUCUCCCCCAGCCGUUUGGUUCCCGACACUGGAGGUUCAGGCAUCUAUGCUUUCUUAGAACUGGAUGCGACUAGCGAGCCUUAGAGUCCGACCUCGGGCCUGCAGUUUAACUUAUGCGCCGAGGUCUGGAUCAGAUUUUUAAAAAUUUCCAGACUGCCCAGAUUUUAAAACCAGCCACAGAGCUGGUGCGCGGCUGGAAGCUAACAAACGCCCAAGUGUCUGAUUAAUUUCAGUAACUCAGUACCUCCGCGCUUUAAAUUUUGGGGGUAGAGUGGGGGAAACAAAUUAUUUAAAAUUUCCAAUUCACUGCCUUUCUCCCCUUCUCCAUCUUCUGCUUUCGUUUGUGGGAAAUGGAGUUUUCUCCUCUAUGCUGGGACUGUAAUGUGAUUCGGGAUCAUUCGUGAAAUGAACAGAAGUCACCACCGGCAAACGGGACCACUGGGGCAGAACGCUGACGGCAGGCCGGAGGUGAGAGCAAAGGCUGGGCCUCCAAGGAUAAUUAGAAGCCAGCCUGCUCCCCGCCUGGUCUCCGUGGCCCCCCUUCAUCUUCCAGGUAAGAUGAAUGGCCCUUCAUCCAUCAUCCACAGCCCAGCCUCCUCCCCCAGGCAAGCGGAGAAUCUGCUACCCUAAGAAACCUAUUAGCCCCGAAUUGGGCAGCUUUGUGGAGCCAACCGAGGCUCUCUAUUGUGGCCUUUGUCUGCGGAAUUUAAGCAUUUACAUGACGCAUUAGCACGGAACUCCGCGCAGGGUCGGAACACCGCGUGCCAAACCUGGCGCGGACCGCGAGUUAGCAGCUCCCUCACCCGGCUGCUCCCGGGGACCACCCUCGCCGUUGCGCCUGGGUCACGCUGUAGGCGCUCUGGCAAGGAACGCCGUACCACAUCCUUCCUUGGCCACCUCCGGGCGGCUGCGCUUUGAAAGAAAUCGGCAACGUUCUGGUGGGUGAACCCGAGCUGGGUCCAUCUGAGCCUGAAGCCAGAGAAAUAAACUUGACUUUAAUCCGGUUCUCCAGGCGGUCGUUGGGGGCUUCGCCGUUUUUCAGCUUACCGUUCGGAGCCGUGCGCUCAACGGUCACUGGUGCCUCCGAAUGCAGAGGCUUCUUGGGUUCUAUUCGCCAGUUUGCGGGACCUGGACGCCGACCCGCGCGCCAGCUGAGAGCAAAAGGGAUUCGAGCAAAAAGCAUUUAAAGGGGAGAACGAUCCGCGGCGAGUGGGACUACGGCUCUAGGGAAUUUAGGAAGGAAUCCGCAAGCUUUGGAGGCACGCACUCUUCGCAGAGUAAAUGCAAACAUUUUAGUAAGGAUGAAGAACCCAAUGCUGGAGGCACUGUCCCUAUUGCUGGAGAAGCUGCUCCUCAUCUCCAACUUCAAGCUCUUCAGUUCCGGCGCCCAGAGCGAAAACAAGGCGAGGAACAGUUUCUAUGAGAUCAGCCGUUUCCUGCGCGGCGACGUGCUGGAGGUGCCGCGGACCCACCUGACCCACUACGGCAUCUACCUGGGCGACAACCGUGUCGCCCACAUGAUGCCCGACAUCCUCUUGGCCCUGACCGACGACAAGCGGCUCACCCAGAAGGUGGUCUCCAACAAGCGUCUCAUCCUGGGCGUCAUCGGCAGGGUGGCCAGCGUCCGCGUGGACACAGUGGAGGACUUCGCCUACGGAGCCGACAUCCUGGUCAAUCACCUGGACAAGUCCCUCAAGAGGAAGGCGCUGCUCAACGAAGAGGUGGCGCAGAGAGCGGAGAAGCUGCUGGGCUUGACUUCCUACAGCCUCCUGUGGAACAACUGUGAGCACUUCGUGACCUACUGCAGAUUCGGCACCCCGAUCAGCCCCCAGGCUGACAAGUUCUGUGAGAAUGUGAAGAUAAUUAUUCGUGAUCAGAGAAGUGUUCUUGCUUCAGCAAUCUUGGGAUUGGCGUCUAUAGUCUGUCUGGGCUUGGCAUCAUAUACUACCCUUCCUGCAAUUUUUAUUCCGUUCUUCUUAUGGAUGGCUGGCUGACUUCCUAUCCCCGUGUCAGUGUGUGUAUUCUGUGUGUAAAUAUGUUUAUAUUUAUAGAGCACAAAUCAGUAUAAGCAUCUUCAAGAAAAAUGUGACCUGUAACACUGUGUUCUGGAUAAAAAUGUGAUUAAGAAUCACACAGAGUGCUUACUGUGUAAGCCCAAGAACAAAGGCUUUCUCAAUCUUCUCAGGCAGUUGCAUUUCAAAGCACUGUGCAAAUCUUGGAAACAUGGCAACUUGUAAUAGAGUUCAACAUUACAAGAGAACCAGCCCGUAAGGUGAUGGCCACAGGAGAUUAUUUGCGUGUUUGUUGUUUGUUUUUUUCCUCUUGUAAUCCUUGCUCUUCUCUUGUUAGACCUGAAUUUGAAGACUAUAAGACUCCUUGAUUGAAAUCACUAACUUUAUUAUAAAUGUAUUCUUUUUCAUUGAAAAACAUAUAUUAAACUAAAAGAAUUUCCCUCAUUCAGUUGAAAACAUGUUUGAUGAUUGGCAAAAAAAAAAUUCAUAGUCUUUUUUUUAAUGUAUUAUAUGCAAUUCCCAAUAAGUCAAGAAUAUUUUCAUUACUUGAAACCAUGUUGGCAAAGUUAGAGUUUAAUGAUAAAAUAACGACUGGAACUGUAGAAAUUUGUGUUUUCCUGCAGAAAAAGCUCCUAUAGCAUCAGUUGACCAAUUCGAUUUGACUUUACUCACUAGGAAGCCUGGCAUUCAAUUUUUUCUUUUCCUUUUAUGUGUCACUGGGGUUACUUUAAACCACUCUGAGAAGUAAAUGGAUAUAGGAUUGAAAUAAUUCGGGUAUUUGGAGUGUGUAUGUGUCAAUCAAACAUGCAGAUGUCCACAUAUACAUAGACGGAUGAGAGACCAAUUUUGUUCUUGAUUGCUUUAUUAUCCACCAGUGUGGUUACUUCUGCAUCUGCAGAAGUGAGUGUAAAAGUAACUUUAGUCUGUGUUCUCAUGUCUGUGGUAUGGUUUGCAUAUAUGUCAUUGGAUGGUUUACCUUUUUAAGCACUUACUAAUGUACUGUAUAAUUUUUAAAAGCCGUCAGAUUUGUCUGCUAACAGGUUUCUUCAUUUCAUUACAAAGUACAGUUUAUAUCCUUAAAGGAAGGAUACCACAAAGAAAUAACUAUUAGAAGUGGUUUUUGAGUGUCUUAGUAACGCCAGGCAUGUAAAAUUGGUUACACUGAGGCUGUGUUAAUAUCAGAGUUGAGAUGUAGUCCUGUUAAAGUAAGCGUUCAAGUAGUUUUGCAGAAUUACCAAAUUGUAAAAACUAAGCCACAAGCUAGACUUGCAUUUCAAAUAUUAAAAUUUCUUUAUAAACUGUCAAGAAUCACAAAAUAAUGAGUCACAUGGUGAGCGUUAGGGGGAGAGUGGGGUCAGUCACUCAGUGAUCCAAUCAGAACAAAUUUAAUAGCAGAUUUUACAUUCUGUUGGAAUUUAACAUUCAGUUGGAGUUUAAUAAUAAUUAAACUUUGUUUAAUUUAAAUGUUUUAAAUAGUUAAAACAUGAAAUGGUAACACUACAGAAUAAAGUUUCUCUGGGCAUAUUCCAACCACUUAAAAUUAUUUUAAGUAUGUAUACACUAUGAGAACUCCAUUGUAUUAGUGGUUUUUCACUUACUGUUAUUACCCUCGGAGCAAGUGUUUAAAUAAAUUGAUCUUUUAAAAACACGAUGUCCUUCUAAAUAAAUGCCUUUUUUUUUUUUUUUGUGGAUUUCAGUAUUUUGGGUAGUGAAAACCACUGUCUGAUGUUAAAGCUGUGUUCAAAGAUAAUGAUCCCUUAUUAAAUGCUAAGGGAAGUACUUAAGGUUGGAAUUAACAUAAUUAGUCUUACUUCAUAUGCUUAAAGUGAGAUCCAAUUCCUCAUUCAUUUGAGUGUUCAUUACAUGCCAGGCACUGACCUGUUAUAAUUUCAUGGUCUAGAAUUAAUAUUAUUUUUAAGCUACCUAUAUUAGAGUGUAUACAGUGCUAUGGUAAUACAGAAGAAGGAAAAACAAAAUCUUCCUGAAGGUCAGAGAAAUCCGAAGUAGGCAAUGCCAACAUUAGGCUGAGAAACAGCAAGAGGUGAUUUUAUCACACUGAUGUAUUUUACUACUUACUGGAAGAGGGUACUGGAAGGAGGUUUUAUUUAUCUAAUAUUCCACAACACUAGAAUUUGUUGAGUUUAGGACAAAGGGAAAUUACGUUUUGUUGUGCUCCGUUUGAUGAGCUGUGUCUGGAGGCAAAAGAAACAUAAUAUCCUUGAUUCUGGCUGUGGAACAAACUGAGCCCUUCCUGUGUCUCUGCUGAAUGUCUCUGGGCUUCAUUAGUUAAGACUCACGCUUACGAUUCUGCAAGUCCUUGCACUUAUAAAUUUCGCUUCUAACUUGUGGAAUGAUACAUAGUGUCUGAUACAGCUUUUUGUUGCUUCUUUUGUUGCCAUAUUGUCACCAUAUGGUUGCCAUAUGUAGAUGAAGGCCAAAGAACUAGCUUGGGCUAAGAUGAAAUAAUGCAAGAUAAUGCAAGUGUCGAGUACUAUGCAGGUAUUAGGGAUGAAGAGAAGAAUGAGACAUGGACCUCAAAGUUUAUUGCCUCCUUGACAUAGAAGCAUUAAGACUAUGCUAGAGCUGAUUGAAGGCACAGAAAAAGACAUGGUUUUACCUGAUGAAGCCAAAACUAUAGGGACUGUGUCCUGAGACUUGGAAAAAUGGGAUGUGUUCCAGGGGGACAGAUCUGGGCAGGAUAUUGUACACAUUCUGAACAGUAUGGGCAAAUGCAGUAACACUGUUCACAACACGCCUAGCACAUAAGUGUGAGGUACUCGACUGUUGGUUGACUGAAGCAUGAAACUGUAUGGGGCAUUCAGGCAGACGCAAGUGGUUCAGAGGCUAGAGUGGAGCAACAGUGCUGAGGGGAGGUACUGGAAAACGAGAGCAAUGAUCAGGUGGUUCAAGUCCUGUGUAGACAAAGAAGGUUGUACUUUAUGAACAGGCAAUGGAGGUCUGAGUUCAGAGGUAACUCCAAAAAGUAUCAAGGAAGGAUGGGGCAUGGGGCAAGACAGGACAAGGGGCUCUAUUAGGAGACUAGUUAUGGUCCUUAAUCUCUCAAACUGUAAUUGUGAGGGUGAAGAACAAACAUGUUAAGGAAGUGUCAACAGACUAGCCAAAUUCUUAUAUUCGACUCAUGAGUAACUAUUGGUACAGUGUCAGGGAGGAGUCAUAAAUCCUUUCCUGCCAGAAAAUCGGUUCCUGAAAUAUAACAAUGUGGUGACUGUAUGUAUAUUGGAUAUUCCAGAUCUUUGGUCUGCUAGUUCUAUGUCUUGGCAAGGACAAGCAAAUAAGUACAGAUUUGUAGUUUAAUUUUUUUUUCAGAAUAGAGAUAUAUUUAUUUUUCCAUUUUCUAUUUCAUACUACUGUCAAAAAAAAAAAGUUUUUUCAAGGGGCACCUGGGUGGCUCAGUUGGUUAAGCGUCCAACUCUUGGUUUCGGCUCAGGUCAUGAUCCCAGAGUUGUGGGGUCAAGCCCUAAGUUGGGCUCCGUGCUAAGCAUGGAGACUGCUUGGGGUUCUCUCUCUCCUGCUCUCUCUGGCUCUCUUUCUCUCUCUCAAAAUUAAUAAAGAAUCAUUAAAAAAAAUGUCUUCCGGUAAUGUCACAGGUAUGUCGAUGACAAAAUCUUUUUAUAGAUGAGAAGCAUAUAAGAAAUGAUGAUUGCUAAUAUUGUGUUUUGUAUGUUCUCUUUAGAGAAUUUUAUCUAACCUAGAUCUAUUAGUUCAAUUAGUUUUAUAUUUGGUACAUAUGUGUAUUAAAUAAAAUCAAUUUGACAUACA